UGGAGAAUCAUGAUAACAACAAUAAUGAAAAUGAUAACGAUAAUGAAAAAUGUUCAUCCCCUCAUCGUUUGCGAUUCUCUCUCUAUCCGUCUGUCUGGAGGAAUUCAUUCAUCCCAAGAGGAGACGCGAAGAACCGAAAUGGGCUGGCUGGUGGGCUGAUGAUGGCCUGCCCCGGAGCCUGCACCGCUGGAGUCAUCCAUCAAUCCAUCCAUCAAUCCAUCAAUCCAUCAAUCAAUCCAUCAAUCAAUCGAUCGAUCCCUGGCGUGGCUACACUGAGACAUGUCAUUUGGGGCGAUUUCCAUCACGACCACCAAAAUGCCAUCAAAUCUCCCUCUUCCUCUUUCUGCCCCUCUAGAUUCGUACCCCGAUCCGCAUCUUUCUCCUCCUUCUCCUGCCCAGCCACGCGGCCGGCGCGUCGUGGUCGGCGCUGCUGUCGCGCGGGUGACAUCUCAUCUGAGAGACGGAACCGUGGAAGAUUUGAGGAUAUGUAUGUCACGGUCUGGACCGGUGGAAGGGGAAAAGCGCAUAUAUGCAUGCCUUGCACAGCCACCACCACCGCCACCUUGGAUCUUUCUCUCAACAGCCGCGUGUGGGUGGAUCGCAUGGGAGAUGGUCAUCGUCGUUAUGCGCGCACUUCUCCGCGCCAUCAUCCCUGCUCAGCUGCGAUGGGAUUUCAAAUCUCCUCCUCCUCCGUGACAUUGUCGUCCAUCGAACGCGUCUGGAUUGUGUGAAAUGGUGUGGCCGUUGCUCCAGCCCCAGCUCCAGGGUGCCAGGUUGCUUGCUGGUUAGGGUUGGGGUACCUAGGUAGUUUAUCAUGUCGGAACCUUGAAAUGUAUUUUGGGGGACGUGGGCCGGAGUGUGCUGUGACAUUGGAGCGAUGAGACAUACUAAUGACUUUUAGAUGAUGGGUCGAGAUUGAGAUCUGGACAUUAGUUGUGAGAUAUAUGAGUGGC